GAAAAGAAAAGAGAGAGAGAAAACAGAAGCACUCUAUCUUUGCCUCUUUUUCUCUCUCAAUCAACAGCAGAACAGUAGCCGAUUAAACAAAUAAGCCGUCCAAAACGUUACUCACUGACACGCGACAACUGCACCACCACCAAACCAUUUCAUCACACAACGCGGGAACCAUUUCCUUCUCUUCUCUUCUCUCUCUCUCUCUCUCUCUCUCAUCGUGCCCUCCUCUCUCUCUCUCUCUUUUAAUAUUUUGUUUCAAGUUCCAAAUCUCUGCCCCACAAUACCGCCUUCAAUGUCGUUUCUUUUUCCCUUUUAUCUCUCACUCAAAAUAGCCAUAACACAAUAUUAUCAAUGAAAUGAAACAACAAAUGGCUUCUUCCAAUUCUUCUACUCUCAGAACGUCGUCUUCGUCGUCCUUGUCUAGUUCGAGAAACGUGAAUGAAGUUAGUAACUAUGCACAUCGCUCAUCUUAUAUCAAGGCAGCUGCAGCUGCAGCUGCUCCUUCUUCACGCCGUUCUGUUACUCCUACUUCCCGUUCUCACUCUUCUCUUCGUCAAAACGACGAUAACGAUUCUGGAAGAGUGAGAGUUGCGGUGAGAUUACGACCAAGAAAUGCUGAAGAUCUCAUUUCAGAUGCUGAUUCUUUUGACUGCGUUGAGUUGCAGCCAGAGAUGAGAAGGUUGAAAUUAAGAAAAAACAACUGGAGUUCUGAAUCUUAUAGAUUCGAUGAUAUUUUUACUGAAUCUGCCUCUCAAAAACGUGUUUAUGAAGCAGUAGCAAAGCCUGUUGUUGAGAGUGUGUUGAAUGGAUAUAAUGGGACAGUAAUGGCUUAUGGUCAAACAGGCACUGGAAAGACUUAUACAGUUGGAAGAUUGGGCAAAAAUGAUGCAUCUGAGCGUGGUAUUGUGGUUAGAGCUCUAGAGGACGUUAUUGCUAAUACCAGUCCUGAUACUGAUGUUGUUGAAAUGUCCUACUUGCAGUUGUAUAUGGAAUCUAUCCAAGAUUUACUUGCUCCAGAAAAGAUUAAUAUCCCAAUUAAUGAGGAUCCAAGGACUGGAGAAGUGUCGUUACCUGGUGCUACAAUAGUCAGAGUUCGAGAUCUUGAUAAUCUUUUUGAACUACUGCAAAUAGGUGAGAUGAACCGUCAUGCAGCUAACACAAAGCAGAACACAGAAUCUUCACGUAGUCAUGCAAUUUUAAUGGUUUAUGUUCGACGAUCCAUCCAUCAAAAAUUAGAAGAUGAAACAACUUCUCAAGACUCCAAAUCUGAUUUACCUAGUAGCAACGGCAUUCCAAGAGUUAGAAAAGGCAAGUUGCUGAUUGUGGAUCUUGCUGGGUCUGAAAGAUUAGAUAAAUCUGGCAGUGAAGGUCACUUGCUUGAAGAGGCUAAGUUUAUUAAUCUUUCUCUCACUUCCCUUGGCAAAUGUAUAAAUGCAUUGGCUGAGAACAGUCCACAUAUACCCACAAGGGAUUCUAAGCUUACUAGAUUGCUGCGUGAUUCAUUUGGAGGCUCCGCGAGGACUUCACUUAUAAUAACAAUUGGGCCAUCGUCACGGCAUCAUGCAGAGACAACUAGUACAAUUAUGUUCGGACAACGGGCAAUGAAAAUUGUAAACAUGGUAAAACUUAAAGAAGAAUUUGACUAUGAAAGUCUUAGUCGGAAGCUUGGGACUCAACUGGAUCAUCUUACUGCAGAAAUAGAAAGGGAACUGAAAUUGAGAGAUAUUGAAAAACGUCACUUGGAAAAGCAGCUCAAUGAAUGUCAAGACUCUUUUGCCCAAACGAAAAAGCAUCUAGUUGCAAGGUCUGAGUUUCUAGAGCAGGAAAAUGCUCGGCUAGAGUUGGAGAUGAAAGAAAUGUUAAAUGAAUUGGACCAUCGGACAGGUGAAAAUGGCUUGAUGCAUGAUAAAGUUCAACUGCUAGAACUGAGGUUGAAAGAAAGCCAGCAACACCAGCUGGAAAAUUCUACCUAUCAGAAAGUGCUUGCUGAUACCACUCAGAUGUAUGAAAGAAAAAUAGCAGAGAUAAAUAAAAAGUUUGAAGAUGAACAUGCUUGUUAUGUACGAACUGAUGAAGAAUUAUAUGUGAUGAAACAACUGCUGAGUGACUGUCAAAAAUCAAAUAAGCAACAUGAGAUGGAAAAUUCUGCAUAUCAGAAAGCACUCACAAACACCACUGAGAUGUAUGAGAAGAACAUAGCAGAGUUAAAUAAGCAGCUACAAGAUGAGCACGCUCUCAAUGAAAGAGUUGAGGAACGAUUAGAUAUGACAAAAAAGCUCCUAAUGGAGUGUCAAAACUCGAUCAAGCAACUUGAGGUGGAAAACUCUAUGUAUCUGAAAGUGCUUGAAGAAACUAGGCAACUGUAUGAGAAGAAAACAGCAGAACUGAGUAAGCAAUUAGAGGAUGAGCAUGCUCGUUUUGAAGGUUUAGAAGAACAACUGGAUCAGGCAAAUAAGCUUUUAAGCGAUGGACAAGACUCAAUUGAGGAUCUGGAAGAGAUCGAAGAACUAAAAGGGAAGUUACAAGAAAUGUAUCAGCUACAUGAUAAUACUAUAAAUGAACUCCAAUCCCUGAAGUCGGACAAAAAAGAUCUGUUACAAGAAAAGACAACACUAAUUGAAGAACUCUGUGACCUUAAGCGUCGUCUUUUAGUCGAAGAGAAGCAGAGGAAAAGUUUAGAACAUGAGCUGGCCAAACUAAAGAAGAGCGCACCUGAAAGUGAUAGUGCCUUUGAGGACAAGCAAUCAUACACAAAGGAAAACAUCAGUAAAUCAUACAAGUCAAAUCCAUCAAGGGAGACUCUAUCUAGUCAGAGGGUUACAAUUGCCAAGAUUUGUGAAGAAGUUGGAUUACAAAAGAUACUACAACUAUUAGCAUCUGAAGAUUCUGACGUCCAAAUCCAUGCAGUAAAAGUGAUUGCCAAUCUUGCUGCUGAAGAAAUUAACCAAGAGAAGAUUGUAGAGGAAGGAGGCUUAGAUGCAUUGCUUAUGUUGUUGAAAUCUUCUCAAAAUGCAACCAUACUUAGAGUUGCUUCUGGUGCUAUUGCUAAUUUAGCGAUGAAUGAAAUGAAUCAAGGGUUAAUAAUGAGCAAAGGUGGGGCACAACUGCUAGCAAAGACGGCAUCAAAAACAGAUGACCCACAAACUCUUAGAAUGGUAGCUGGUGCACUCGCUAAUUUAUGUGGAAAUGUAAGCUUACAUAUGAUGCUGAAAGAAGAUGGAGCUAUAAAGGCGCUCUUGGAAAUGGCAAAAUCCAAGAGUAUCGAUGUCAUUGCACAAGUUGCAAGAGGAAUGGCUAAUUUUGCAAAAUGUGAAUCCCGAGGCACUCUUCAAGGACAAAGAAAAGGACGUUCACUUUUGAUAGAAGAUGACGCACUUGAAUGGUUGAUUGCCAACUCUAACUCCACUUCAUCUUCAACCAGACGUCACGUUGAGCUUGCUCUUUGUCAUUUGGCCCAAAAUGAGGACAAUGUCAAGGAUUUCAUUUCUUCAGGAGGCACUAAAGAACUUGUACGUAUAUCAGUCGAAUCCAGUCGAGAAGACAUCCGCAACCUUGCGAAGAAGACGCUGAAAUUGAGCCCAUCAUUUGAAACUGAGGUACAUCCAUACUGACAGUACUUAAACUAUAUGUAAUAGUAUAUUGUCAAUUGAUGUAGCAGGCUGGUAAUGUUGUCAGGCAAAAGAGCUUAUUAUACUGGAGAGAUGUAGUUCGUGAUCUCCCUAUGAGAGUACAAUUUGUGAGGUACAAGAUUAAUAGUAAUAGUUAAGUAAAUAUUAUGCAAAGGAUAUUUCUUGGA